AUGUUCUACACAGGUCUAACGUUAAAGUGCAAGCCAUGCUUGCAACAAAAUUUUCGCCUUUUUCACCACUCUGUUCAACUUGACCACCACUUUACCAACCGCGCCCCCCUCCCCCCACAGAACGCCCAAACUGAGAGAAGCAACCAAACUGAGAGAGGCAACCAAACUGAGAGAGGCAACCAAACUGAGAGAGGCAACCAAACUGAGAGAGGCAACCAAACUGAGAGAGGCAACCAAACUGAGAGAGGCAACCAAACUGAAAAAUUGCAAGCAAGCCAUGCAUGUAGACGAAAUUUAAGCGCGUUCAUCCCAAGAAUAAAAAGGUGCUUCUCAAAGGAUAGCGACGAAGAAGAAGAAGAAGAAGAAGACAAGGCCCAGACAAAAGUCAAACAAAAAACAGAAAAAAAGGAACCAAAUGUCAUUCCAGCUAAUUCCACCCCCUUGAAAAAAGAUCUGAAAAAAGAUCUGACAAAAGAUCUGAAAAAAGAAAUAUGGGACACCAUUGAUGCGUCAGGACCAGAUAUGACCCAAGAACAGAUGAUCCAAUUGUACUUCGAAUUACACGAUUAUCUGAGAAGAAAAUUUCAAAUUAUGGUUGAUGAGUUGUGGCUUUAUACUCUGUCAAUUGCAAAAGAAAAACAUUUAAGAGAAGAAUAUAGAUCCAAAUACUGGUGGGAGUGUAGUCACAUCCUGAUGAGCAAUUUGAAGAAAAUGCAUGCAAACGAUUUAGACCACUUUGCCAAUUUUCUGAAAAAAGAAUCCUGUUCUAUUGACGAAUUUAAGAAAUACAUGGCGGAUAAAAUAAUAAGGUGGCAGAACUUCACAUCGGAAAAGAAAAAAAUGUGGAUGCCUAUUUUGCGCAAUCAGUUGAUAAGGUACUGUCCAUGA